UCAGUGAAGUGGUAAUACGGUUCCCAGCCACACGCUGUAGCGCCAGCUCCCGCCUGACUGUUUGCGUAAAGCUCGGCGAAUCUCAAGUGGACCGUGAAGGAACUGGUUCAGUAAAACUUGUCAGAGUGAUUCGGAUGGACCUGGAGCAGCUGAGUGAAAGAGAGCAACGAGGGGUUGACCUGAGCUCUGCUGUUUGUUGAUCUGUGAGGGCAUGUCUGGGAGAAGGUGAUAACAUGUUCUCCCAAACAGAGGAUCUGUUAUUUGUACAUCGUCCUCCCUCCCCCACAGCCACUUCUUCUUGUGCCCACUACAAUGGAGAGAGAAUGAGAAGAGGUGCUCCAAGCAGAACAUGAGAAUGGAGACGUGCACAAAGAACAAUAACACCACACUCAGAAGAGGUGAGAGUGCAAUGAGAAGAGGAGCCAGAGAGUGAGGCGAUGGGCUGCACCUCUGCUAAGCAGGUGUCGGCCGUGCCCAGCGACGAGGAGGGCCGGGGCAAGGCCUACAGCAACGGAGACCUCUUCACCGACGAGUACAAGAUGAAAGGAGUGGAGGAGGUGAAGUACAUGCGUGGAGAGGAGGACCGGGUGAACGCACGCAACCAGGAGAACCUGGAGAAGACCUCUUUACAGUACAGGGGGAAACCGCACAAAGAAGGCUCUGGAGCCAACGCCAACAGGACAAAUAUCCACACAUCAGAGAGCCAACAGGAGUUCUUCAGGAUGUUGGAUGAGAAGAUUGAGAAGGGACAGGACUACUGUUCAGAGGAAGACGAGGCAGAGGAUGGGACAUAGCAAACAAGGCCUGACUCAACCCCCUACAGAGAGCCUCCCAGAGUGUGUGCGAGUGCAUGUUCGUCUGAAUCAGUGUGUGUAUGUAUGUUCCACUGCCUUUGUAUGUGAUUCUGAAUGUGUCUGUGUGAGCAUGUAGGUUUUUUGUGUGUGAAAGCGAGAUGGAUAGCUAUUCUCAGACUGUUGCCCCCCUCUUGGCUGUCAUCCCAUUGGGCCCCUGAGUGGAUUACUGGAGGGAGAGGCGAACGAGGAGACAUACAGACAGACAUGUGGACUCACUGCCCUGCAGGACUAUGGAGAGACGCACAUGGAGACAGACAUGCAAACCGACAUGUGGACUCACUGCCCUGCAGGACUAAUGGAGGGACCCUCCCCUCUACCCCAACUACCACCCCAGUGAACUGUACUGUGGUCAAAUCAAAUCAAAUCAAAUUGAACUGUACUGUGGUCCCUGGUCCAGCUUUGUGUAUACCACCCAAUGACUACAACAUGGAGAAGGAGGACGAACAGAGGAAGAAUGAGCAUUAUGGGAGUCUGGGAGACACCCUCAUGGUUUCCACCCUCCAUGGCCCUGACUUGUGCUUUGCUUGUGAGGAGCAGAGAUGUGGAUAGAGAAAGAGAGGUGCUGGGGAGGGGGAGGAACUUCCAUAACCCCCAUCAGACAACGGAGGCUCGCUGCUGCAGUGGGCCAGAGGACCUGCGAGAGGGUAGAGGGAGGGGGGGAUAAAGAAAAACCUAGAUAUUUUAAUAAGAGAAAGAAGAGUCAGUGAGUGGCUUAUUUUGAAACUCUGAACUCCUGCCUUUUUGAAGGACUUUUUUAUUAUGUUGAUCCAGUUCAUUAUUUUUAGUUUUUUUAAAUGUUUUUUUGUUUGUUUUGUUUUUGGCUUCUAUCCUAGUGCAUCACCUCCUGCAGCCUAUAGCUCUAUAGGUCAGAGUUCCUGUGUCACUACACAACCUGUCCUCUUAAAUAUACCCUCAACGCUAAUAUACCAGACCCUGGCUAUGUGAAACACACUCAACUUCAUAUGCAUAGAUGCAGACACAGAAGUGCACACUCGUACAUACAGACACACGCUCAUACAGACAGACCAAUGCAGAUAGACUCGUGUGUGUGUGUGUGUGUGUGUGUGUGUGUGUGUGUGUGUGUAUACACACACACACAUAUAUGCCAUUGUAUUCCUGUCAUUCUUUAGCCACGUGUUAUGUUAAUAGGCUGUGAUGUUUUGGGUGAAUGUUGGAAGCAGCAGCUAUGGGUUUCUGCUGCUGGACUUAUUCAUGUGCACUUGUAGUGUUUAUUACUCUCUCCUCUGCAUUGGUAGCCCAGCCUCCACUUCUCUUCAACUCAGCAGUAUUGACACUUACUGGCAGCGUGGAGUCACCCUCUAUUGACACACACACACACACACACACACACAAACACACACUGCCUUUUCAUGGAGUGAGAAGUGAGAUUUAAAGGAAAAGAGGUGUGGUUGCCUGGGAGACACAGCCCUCAAUGUUAUUCUGUCAUCAUUACUCCAUCGUUCCUUUUUCAUUUGAUUCAGUACUUUUAGUUUUUCUAUUAAAAAUAAAAACACAGGAGCUGUUCA